AUGUUUUCAACUUACUCUUAUUUUCCGUUCUUUCUUUUUCUUUCUUUCUUCCUUUCUUUCUUUUCUUUCUUUCUUUCUUUCUUUCUUUCUUUCUAUUCCGGCAUAUUCAUUCCACUGAAUAUUAAUUGUCCUUACUAUCUUUUUCAACUUACUCUUAUUUUCCUUUCUUUCUUUCUUUCUUUCUUUCUUUCUUUCUUUCUUUCUUUCUUUCUUUCUUUCUAUUCCGGCAUAUUCAUUCCACUGAAUAUUAAUUGUCCGUUUUCCUCGCCUACAUUUUUUUCUUUCUUUUUAAUCUUAUUAUAUCAGUUACUAUCUUUUUCAACUUACUCUUAUUUUCCGUUCUUUCUUUCUUUCUUUCUUUCUUCCUUUCUUUCUUUCUUUCUUUCUUUCUUUCUUUCUUUCUAUUCCGGCAUAUUCAUUCCACUGAAUAUUAAUUUUACUAUCUUUUUCAACUUACUCUUAUUUUCCUUUCUUUCUUUCUUUUUUCUUUCUUUCUUUCUUUCUUUCUUUCUUUCUUUCUAUUCCGGCAUAUUCAUUCCACUGAAUAUUAAUUUUACUAUGUUUUUCAACUUACUCUUAUUUUCCGUUCUUUCUUUCUUUUCUUUCUUUUCUUCCUUUUUCUUUCUUUCUUUCUUUCUUUCUUUCUUUCUUUUCUAUUCCGGCAUAUUCAUUCCACUGAAUAUUAAUUGUCCGUUUUCCUCGCCUACAUUUUUUUUUUCUUUCUUUUUUAAUCUUAUUAUAUCAUUACUAUCUUUUUUCAACUUACUCUUUUUUUUCCUUUCUUUCUUUCUUUCUUUCUUUCUUUUCUUUUCUUUCUUUCUUUCUUUUUUUUUCUAUUCCGGCAUAUUCAUUCCACUGAAUAUUAAUUGUCCGUUUUCCUCGCCUACAUUUUUUUUCUUUCUUUUUAAUCUUAUUAUAUCAGUUACUAUCUUUUUCAACUUACUCUUAUUUUCCGUUCUUUUCUUUCUUUCUUUCUUUCUUUCUUUCUUUUUCUUUCUUUCUUUCUAUUCCGGCAUAUUCAUUCCACUGAAUAUUAAUUUUACUAUCUUUUUUCAACUUACUCUUAUUUUCCGUUCUUUCUUUCUUUCUUUUUUCUUUCUUUCUUUCUUUCUUUUUUUUUCUUUCUUUCUUUCUUUCUAUUCCGGCAUAUUCAUUCCACUGAAUAUUAAUUGUCCUUACUAUCUUUUCAACUUACUCUUAUUUUCCUUUCUUUCUUUCUUUCUUUCUUUCUUUCUUUUUCUUUCUUUCUUUCUUUCUUUCUAUUCUGGCAUAUUCAUUCCACUGAAUAUUAAUUGUCCUUACUAUCUUUUCAACUUACUCUUAUUUUCCGUUCUUUCUUUCUUUCUUUUCUUUCUUCUUUUCUUUCUUUCUUUCUUUCUUUCUUUCUUUCUUUCUUUCUUUCUUUCUUUCUAUUCCGGCAUAUUCAUUCCACUGAAUAUUAAUUUUACUAUCUUUUUCAACUUACUCUUAUUUUCCGUUCUUUCUUUCUUUCUUUCUUUCUUUCUUUCUUUCUUUCUUUCUUUCUUUCUUUCUUUCUUUCUUUCUUUCUUUCUUUCUUUCUAUUCCGGCAUAUUCAUUCCACUGAAUAUUAAUUUUACUAUCUUUUUUCUACUUACUCUUAUUUUCCUUUUCUUUCUUUCUUUCUUUCUUUUCUUUCUUUCUUUCUUUCUUUUCUUUUUUCUUUCUUUCUAUUCUGGCAUAUUCAUUCCACUGGAUAUUAAUUGUCCGUUUUCCUCGCCUCCAUUCUUUUCUUUCUUUUUAAUUUUAUUAUAUCAGUUACUAUCUUUUUCAACUUACUCUUAUUUUCCGUUCUUUCUUUCUUUCUUUCUUUCUUUCUUUCUUUCUUUCUUUCUUUCUUUCCAGUUUGUCUCCCUUCCAUUCUUCCCUUCGUCCAAUUUCCCUUACUUUUAUUUCACAUUGUCUUCCUUCCUUCCUUGCUUUAAUUCCAGCCUUUUCUUUUUUCCUUUCUACUUCCCUUCCUCCCUUUACUUUCCGCUUUGUCUUCCUUUCCCAACUCACUACUUCCUUUUAAUGUCCGUCCCUUUCUGCUUCCGCCAUCAUCCACUGCAUAAUGACGACAACCCUCAUUCAGCCAUUUCCUGCUAUCUAUCUAUCUAUCUAUCUAUCUAUCUAUCUUUUUGGAAAGUGAAUAUUUCAAAUAAAAAAUCGACUAGUAACUACGCGAACUUGUUGAUCCACUCUCGUAAUGCGAUUUGCAAAACAUAG